AUGGACCUCAACCGGAUCAUCCAAGCGCUGAAAGGUACUAUCGACCCGAAGCUGCGAAUUGCUGCUGAGAAUGAACUCAACCAGUCCUACAAGAUUAUCAAUUUUGCCCCCAGUUUACUUCGGAUUAUAGUCUCUGACCAUGUGGAAUUCCCAGUACGUCAGGCAGAGACUGAGGGUCUCCUUAAGAAAAGACUCUUUCCCGCCUCUAUCCGCCUCUGGUGGCUUAUUUCCCUCAACAUAAUCUUUUUAAGAUUCAUCCAUGUGGUAGUAUGUAGCAGAACUUCAUUUCUCUUCCUGGCUGCAGUUCAGUUAACAAUGUGUCUACGUGCCAUCAUUAAACAUGAUUUUCCUGGUCAUUGGCCAUCGGUAGUGGACAAGAUAGACUACUACUUACAAUCCCAGAGCAGUGGAAGCUGGCUUGGUAGUUUAUUAUGUCUGUAUCAACUGGUGAAGACAUAUGAGUAUAAGAAAGCAGAGGAAAGAGAGCCCCUUAUAGCAGCAAUGCAAAUAUUUCUGCCUCGUAUUCAGCAGCAAAUCAUCCAGCUCCUUCCUGACUCCUCCCAUUAUUCUGUGCUACUGCAGAAACAGAUUCUGAAAAUUUUUUAUGCCCUUGUUCAGUAUGCAUUGCCUCUUCAACUGAUGAGUAACCAAAUGAUGACAGAAUGGAUGGAGAUUUUUCGGACGAUUAUUGACAGAACAGUUCCUCCUGAGACUCUGCAAAUUGAUGAGGAUGAUAGACCUGAACUAGUAUGGUGGAAGUGUAAGAAGUGGGCACUGCAUAUUGUAGCUCGUCUUUUUGAACGGUAUGGAAGCCCAGGAACAGUCACAAAAGAAUACUUCGAAUUUUCUGAAUUUUUCUUAAAAACAUAUGCAGUAGGAAUUCAGCAGGUACUGCUAAAGAUCUUAGACCAAUAUCGACAGAAAGAAUAUGUCACCCCCCGUGUUCUUCAGCAGGCAUUCAACUAUCUCAAUCAAGGGGUUGUUCAUUCUGUAACUUGGAAGCAGAUGAAGCCACACAUACAGAAUAUCUCUGAGGAUGUGAUUUUUUCUGUGAUGUGUUAUAAAGAUGAGGAUGAAGAGCUAUGGCAAGAGGAUCCCUAUGAAUAUAUAAGGAUGAAAUUUGAUAUUUUCGAAGAUUAUGCCUCUCCCACCACCGCAGCCCAGGCUCUCUUAUAUACUGCGGCAAAGAAAAGAAAAGAGGUGUUGCCAAAAAUGAUGGCAUUCUGUUAUCAAAUCCUAACAGACCUGAACUUUGACCCUCGGAAGAAAGAUGGAGCCCUGCAUGUGAUUGGUUCUCUAGCCGAUAUUUUAUUGAAGAAGAGUUUAUUCAAGGACCAAAUGGAGCUACUGCUGCAGAAUCAUGUAUUUCCAUUAUUGUUGUCUAACUUGGGAUAUCUUCGAGCUAGAUCCUGUUGGGUACUUCAUGCGUUCAGUUCUUUGAAGUUUCAUAAUGAGCUCAAUUUAAGAAAUGCAGUUGAGUUAGCAAAGAAGAGCCUGAUUGAAGAUAAAGAAAUGCCUGUCAAAGUAGAAGCGGCCCUUGCUCUGCAGUCCCUCAUUUCUAACCAGACACAAGCUAAGGAAUACAUGAAGCCGCACGUCAGGCCUGUUAUGCAGGAGCUGUUGCACAUUGUUAAAGAGACCGAAAAUGAUGAUGUUACUAAUGUUAUCCAGAAGAUGAUAUGUGAGUACAGUCAAGAGGUGGCCUCCAUUGCUGUGGAUAUGACACAACACUUGGCUGAGAUAUUUGGCAAAGUUCUUCAAAGUGAUGAAUAUGAAGAAGUUGAAGACAAGACAGUAAUGGCUAUGGGAAUUUUACAUACCAUUGAUACUAUCUUGACGGUUGUAGAAGAUCAUAAAGAGGUUACUCAACAGUUAGAGAAUAUCUGCCUACGGAUCAUUGACCUUGUUUUACAUAAACAUAUAAUUGAAUUUUAUGAAGAAAUUCUUUCACUGGCAUAUAGUUUAACUUGUCAUAGUAUUUCUCCUCAAAUGUGGCAACUUCUAGGUAUAUUAUAUGAAGUUUUUCAGCAGGAUUGUUUUGAAUAUUUUACAGAUAUGAUGCCUCUCCUGCAUAACUAUGUGACAAUAGAUACAAAUACUUUACUAUCAAAUUCGAGGCAUUUAGAGAUACUGUUUACAAUGUGUAGAAAGGUACUGUGUGGAGAUGCAGGAGAAGAUGCAGAAUGUCACGCAGCCAAACUUCUCGAAGUCAUCAUCCUUCAGUGCAGAGGAAGGGGAAUUGACCAGUGCAUUCCGCUCUUUGUUCAACUUGUUUUGGAGAGAUUAACCCGAGGGGUCAAAACUAGUGAGCUCCGGACUAUGUGUCUUCAGGUAGCAAUUGCUGCCUUAUACUACAAUCCUGAUUUGCUGCUACAUACACUAGAGCGAAUUCAAUUACCUCACAACCCUGGACCUAUAACUGUACAGUUUAUAAAUCAGUGGAUGAAUGACACAGAUUGUUUUCUUGGGCAUCAUGACCGGAAGAUGUGUGUAAUAGGACUAAGUAUCCUUUUACAACUGCAAAAUCGCCCUCCUGCAGUGGAUGCUGUGGUGGCACAGAUUGUUCCCUCAAUUCUUUUCCUCUUCCUUGGCCUAAAGCAGGUCUGUGCUUCUAGACAAUUGCUAGACCGGGAAGAUCACUCAAAAGCAGAGAAAGCUGAUAUAGAAGAAAAUGAGGAAAUUUCAAGUGAUGAAGAGGAGACAAAUGUAACUGCUCAAGCGAUGCAGUCAAAUAAUGGAAGAGAUGAAGAUGAGGAGGAAGAUGAUGAUGACUGGGAUGAAGAAGUGUUGGAAGAAACAGCCCUUGAGGGAUUCAGCACUCCUCUUGACCUCGACAAUAGUGUGGAUGAAUACCAAUUUUUUACACAAGCUCUGCUAACUGUGCAGAAUCGGGAUGCUGCCUGGUACCAACUGCUGGUGGCCCCGCUCAGUGAGGAUCAGAGGAGAGCACUGCAGGAAGUUUACACAGUGGCGGAGCAUCGGAGGACGGUGGCAGAGGCAAAGAAGAAGAUUGAACAACAGGGAGGCUUCACAUUUGAAAGCAAAGGAGUCCUCUCUGCAUUUAACUUUGGGUCUGUGCCCAGCAACAACUGA